CUCUCUGUCUAUCUCUAUGAUGUGUCUCUUGUUUUUCUCUCUAGAUGGUCCCCCACACAAAGCCCAUAGCUCGCUUCCUCUCUCCAGAGUCCAGAGAGAACAAGGAGAGAGAGGGAGAAAGAGAUCCUAGAGAUAGAAAGGAGAGAGCUUGGGAGCAGUGUCUAGGCUGUAGGUGAUGGUGUUCAGUGAAUAGUUUGUGUGGAUAGCGCCGCACCACCGAAAGCGACUAGUCUGCGCUGCUGAUUCUUCUUCGAAGCCCCCUAAGCAACCCAUAUAACUCUCAUAAAGAGAAAGCAAAAGGCUGCUGCUUAAUCAUCACUGAUAAAGAGAAGCAUAGCGAGAGAGAGAGAGGGGUCGGGUGCGAGGCUGGACUGGAGAAGAGAGGAGAAGAGAGGAGGAGAGGAAUGGAAGGGUGGAGGUGAAGGAAAGGUGGGAUCUUGUUGGUUGGUGUUGUGGGAUUUGGAGGAGAGAUGAAGUAUAUGAAGUUGGGAUCAAAGCCUGAUGCUUUCCAGUCGGAUGGGAGUGGCGUCAGGUAUGUAGUGUCUGAAUUGGCUACUGAUAUAGCUGUCAUCGUUGGAGAAGUGAAGUUUUACCUACAUAAGUUUCCUCUUCUAUCGAAGAGUAACCGACUGCAGAGGUUGGUGCUCAAAGCCAAUGAGGAUAGCACUGAUGAAAUCUACAUGCUUGAUUUUCCUGGUGGACCCAAAACGUUCGAGACUUGUGCGAAAUUCUGCUAUGGCAUGACUGUCACACUCAAUGCCUACAAUGUUGUUGCUGUAAGGUGUGCGGCAGAGUAUUUAGAGAUGACCGAGGGUGUUGAGAAAGGCAACUUAAUUUUCAAAAUCGAAGUAUUUCUGAACUCCAGCCUGCUCCGUAGCUGGAAAGAUUCUAUCAUUGCUUUACAAACUACAAAGUAUUUGUUACCAUGGUCUGAGGAACUGAAAGUGGUUGGUAGAUGCAUAGAUUCCAUAGCUUCCAAGACAUCUGUUGAUCCUUCUUAUGUUAACUGGUCAUAUUCCUACAACAAGAGAUCGGGAGCUUCAAAUCAAAUUGUCGAACAUCAUCAGAAGAAAAUGAAUGUUGUUCCCAAGGACUGGUGGGUUGAAGACAUAUGCGAACUCGAUAUCGCUCUUUACAAGCGAGUGAUGAUUGCAAUCAAAUCCAAAGGGAGAAUGUCUUCUGAUGUUAUAGGGGAAGCUCUCAAGGCUUACGCCUUUAGAUGGUUGCCUGAUUCUUUUGAUUCCCUUGUUUCUGAUGACUAUGCAAUAAAGUAUAAGUGUCUAGUGGAAACCAUCAUCUGGUUAUUACCUGCUGAUAAGAGUUCAGGUUGUUCAUGUAGUUUUUUACUAAAAUUGCUCAAAGUCGUUAUCUUGGUCGGAGCAGGGGAUUUGCUAAAAGAGGAACUGAUGAACAGGAUAAGCUUGCAAUUGCAUAAAGCAUCUGUUAAGGAUCUGUUUAUUCCUGCAAACUCUUCUGAAGAGACGGUUUAUGACAUAAAUCUGGUGAAAAGUCUUGUGAGAAGGUAUAUGAUGUUAGAGGGGAGCAAUGUCGACUCCAGUUACUUUGAAAACAGUGAAAACAAGGGCGAUGAGUUGAGAUUAGGGAAUGCAUCAUUGUUGACCGUAGGUAAACUAGUUGAUGGUUAUCUUGCUGAAGUAGCCAGUGAUCCCAACCUUUCUUUGUCGAGCUUCAUCGAACUCUCUGCUUCCAUUCCUGACAUGGCGCGGCCAGUGAAUGAUGGCUUAUACACUGCCAUUGACAUUUACCUGAAGGAGCAUCCAAAUUUGGCUAAAGCCGAGAAGAAGAUGCUUUGUAGUCUAUUGGAUGUAAAGAAGCUCUCGACAGAUGCUUGUGUACAUGCAGCUCAAAAUGAGAGGCUUCCCCUCCGUGUUGUUGUUCAAGUACUCUUCUUCGAGCAAGUGAGAGCAGCAGCUGUGGGACUGACAUCUGAAGCAAAUGGCACCACAAACGGAAGCACAAGAUCGACCGCAAACAUUGAAGCAGAUUGGGCCAUACCAAUAACCGACGAUUGCAAUUCCCUCAAGAAACAACUAAGGACUGUUAAGAUCGAAGAAGAGUGUCGAGCCAACGAAGAGAAGAAGAAGAAUGCGAAGAACACUAAGAACAAAAGUGGUGGACUUUUGUUGCCUUCCCGAUCGAGGAGGAUCUUCGACAAGCUGUGGGCAUCCAGUAAAGGUCACUCCGAGAUCAACCGGAGCUCGGAGACAUCGGGAAGUUCUCAGAGCCCCCCAACCACAGUGAAUCCAGGGGAAGCAAAGUCAUCAGGCUCUUCAUCAAGACACAGAAGGCAUUCCAUUUCUUGAAAGGAAAAUUUUGGAAUGUAUUUGCUUUCUUUCCUAACUUGUAUAUGGAAAAAAAAGCAGUUGGUUUUUAGGUA